AUGGAUGAAGGUAUAGAGAUUUCCAGUGAUGGAAAUUCCCUGAUCAAAGCAGUGCAUCAGAGUCGGCUUCGCCUCACAAGACUCUUGCUAGAAGGUGGUGCCUACAUUAACGAGAGCAAUGACCGUGGGGAAACGCCUUUAAUGAUCGCUUGUAAGACCCAACAUGCUGAUCACCAAAGUGUCAGUAAAGCCAAAAUGGUGAAAUACCUGUUAGAAAACAAUGCUGAUCCCAAUAUACAGGACAAAUCUGGGAAAACUGCUUUGAUGCACGCUUGCUUAGAAAAAGCUGGUCCUGAAAUUGUUUCCUUGCUUCUAAAGAGUGGGGCUGACCUCACCUUGCAAGACCACUCUAGUUACUCUGCACUUGUUUAUGCUAUAAAUUCAGAAGACAGAGAGACCCUGAAAGUUCUACUGCGGGAGUGCAAAGCAAAAGGGAAAGACGUCAUUAUCAUAACAACGGCAAAAUCAGCCUCUGGGAAGCACACCACCAAACAGUACUUAAACAUGCCUCCUGGGGAUAUAGAUGGGAGUCAUUCCCUGGCCCCCUGUGCUACUCCUUCAGAAAUAGAUAUAAUCACAGCCUCAUCACCUCUUCCACAUUCUCCUGAAAUGGAAAUGUCUCCUUUUGUCUUUAAAGAUCUGGAGCCCUCAGGAAGCAAUGAUGAUCCUUGGGAACCAGGCUCCCCUGUGCGGAAGCCUACUAUAGCCCCUAAUGGGCCCAAGCUGCUUCAAGCUCCACCUUGGAUCAAGACUGCCCCUUUAUUGAUGCACCAGAACAGAGUGGCCUCCUUGCAAGAGGAGCUCCAGGAUAUUACUCCAGAGGAAGAAUUAUCCUACAAAACCAGUGGGCUGGCACUUUCCAAGCGAUUCAUCACAAGGCACCAAAGCAUUGAUGUAAAAGACACUGCACAUUUAUUAAGAGCCUUUGAUCAGGCUAGCUCAAGAAAGAUGUCAUAUGAUGAAAUAAAUUAUCAGUCAUUAUUUCCAGAAGGAAAUCAGGACCCAGAAACUAACCACACAAUAUUUGCUUCCACUUUAAGAAGUAUAGUUCAAAAAAGAAACUCAGGGGCAAAUCACUAUAGCUCUGAUUCCCAGCUCUCAGCUGGUCUUACCCCUGCAACUUUAGAAGAUAGCAAAGCACUUCUAGGAAAGAAAAAACUCCUCUCACCAUCUCCUACUUUGUUGUCAGGGGCCAAAGAAUUAUUGGAGAGUACUCCCCCAGCCCCCCUGAGCAGGAGAAGUCAUGCCAUUUUAGAAAGACGGGGCUCAGGGGCUUUCCCUCUGGAUCAUAAUAUUACACAAACCAGACCAGGAUUUCUGCCGCCUUUAAAUGUAAAUCCUCACCCACCCAUCUUAGACAUCAAUGUCAGCAACAAGAUUUCCAGUCUUCUUUCUUGUGGUCAGAAAGUGCUUAUGCCAACAGUUCCUGUUUUCCCUAAAGAAUUCAAAAGUAAAAAAAUGCUGUUAAGGAGACAGUCAUUACAAACUGAACAAAUUAAGCAAUUAGUUAAUUUUUAA